AUGUUUCUGUUCGUCGUAUUGGCGACAGCCGCCCGCGCCACCGAUAUGGCCUUUCAACCACUUACAAAAGAUUUUAUCAAGCAAAUCGAAGACGAGAAGUACAACAAAUACGCCACUCCGACUCAAUAUGAUGGAAUCGCAACGAAUGUGACUAUGUACAUGUACAUAGAAGGAAUCUCUUCAUUUAGUGCACAAACGAUGGAUUAUCAUUUGGAUAUGUACUUUCAACAGGAGUGGUGGGAUAAACGAUUAGCCCACAAUGGAUCCUCGCCAAUCCUUGUUAAGGAUAAAGAGGUUUUCAAACACAUGUGGCAUCCGGAUUUGUAUUUUGCCAAUGCCCGUUCUGCUUCUUUUCAGGAAAUCACUGAGGACAAUUUUCUAGUCUGGGUUUAUCCCGAUGGAAAAGUUUGGUACGAUUGUAGGAUAUCACUUUGUGUGAUAUGUGUGCAAAAUCUUGAGAACUAUCCACUAGAUCGACAACGCUGCGAGUUACGGAUAUUGAGUUAUGCUUACCCUGAAUCGCAACUCCGCCUGAGAUGGGCUCAGCUUGAUGGAGCAUCGGCAAUCGAUCGAAAUCCUGAUAUCCGAAUGCCUGACAUGGCCAUAAAGAGUAUCGAAACUGGUGUAUGCAAUGGAACUUAUGCUACGGGUACAUGGAGUUGCAUGACGGCUGUUUUCGAUGUGGAAAGAGAAAGAAUGCAUCAUAUCAUGCAAACUUAUCUACCAACAGCACUCAUUGUUGUCAUAUCUUGGUUCAACUUCUGGUUGGAUGUCGACUCAGCUCCGGCACGGGUUUCCCUCAGCAUCACCACUCUUCUCACCAUCUCUACUCAAGCAAAUGCUGUCAAAUUAGCACUACCUGAAGUUUCUUAUAUGAAAGCUAUCGAUGUUUGGAUGGGUUCGUGCAUGGCUUUCGUUUUUGGUGUGAUGAUUGAGUUCACGAUUUGUCACUUUGCAAAGAAUCAGGAAUUAACCCGCGGCGAGACGCAACCAUCACUAAUCGUGGACACGGCACUGUCAACUCUCUUCGGCGCUGCGAGAGACAUCGAUGAGCUGAAUGAUGAUGAUUUGAUGGAGAAAAACGAUCAAAAUCAUAUCGUUUUGAACAUGUUGAGUCCGGAGAGAAAUGAGCCACGAUUGAGGAAUUUUGAUGUCAAUAGCAAUGGGACGAGAUAUUUUGUCGGCAGUGAUCGAUUGAAGAGAAAACGUUCGAAGGCAAGCCUGGCUCGUUUGAGAGCUCAGGUAGCGCGCAUGCAGCACGCAACAGCCGAUGUGUCAAGGAGAGCGCUCAAUUGGACAAGAACAUUAAGAAAUUUGAGAGGACGACGUGUUGCACAAAGAAUUGAUGAGAAGUGUCGAAUCGUUUUCCCGGCCGUUUAUCUUGUAUUCAAUUUAGCCUACUGGAGCUUCUAUCUAGGUGAAGAGUUGAAGAGAUCGCAAAAUUCGGUUAAA